UCGAGAAGAGGAGGAGAGGACCCUUCAGGAAAAAAGCAAAGAGAGAGAAAAAAAACUCCCCUCCAUAGUUGCUAGAGAAACUGCAGGGCUAGGCUGUGCGCGCUCCACUCCAGCGCUUCACAGGGUGUUUCUGAACUCUCCCACGCAUGGCUUCUGAGUCCCACCACAUUUAAUUUGUUCGCUGUGCAUCACAAAGUCGACUUGUGCAGAGGUGAAGGAGUCUAUGCGCUUUUCAGCGAUGGAGCGCGGCACGUUCACGGCGGUCUGGGGAAGAUUACCGCUAGUUCUCAUCCUUUUGCAUACAACGGUCACGCAAGGAGCCAAUGUGGUGGACGUGUUGCGAUCGCUGGACAUGUCGGACAGUAUGGAGGGCGUCUCCAUGGAGGCGGGGCUGUGCUCCAGCAGGAAGGGCACAGAGGAGGCCGACUACGCCUACAGGAUGAAGAACAUGCAGCUGAGCACGCCAACCAGGCAUCUCUUCCCAGACUCUCCUUUCCCCGAGGACUUCUCCGUGAUGGCGACCGUGAGAGCGAAGAAGCGCACCCAGUUUUUCCUGCUGUCCGUGUAUGACGAACGGGGCGUCCAGCAGCUGGGUGUGGAGGUGGCACGCUCACCUAUCUUCCUGUAUGAGGACCAGGAUGGCCAGCCCUCGCCUGACCUCUACCCCAUCUUCAAGAACAUCAACCUGGCUGACGGAAAGUGGCACAGGAUCGCAUACAGCAUCCAGGGCAAGUCCGUCACUCUCUACCUGGACUGCCAGAAGGUGCAGACCCUGGAGCUUCUCCGUGGAGAUAACCCUGUCAUCAACACAGAUGGAGUCACCGUCUUCGGCACCCGCCUGCUAGACGAGGAGGUGUUUCAGGGAGACAUCCAGCAGCUGUUGAUAGUGGACGACCCCCGGGCUGCCUCUGAGUACUGUGCCCACUACAUCCCCGACUGUGAUGCCCCGCUGCCCUACAGCCUGCAGGCCCAUGCCCCCGAGGAGCAGGAGGAGACCCAGGCCCAAAUCCCAGCCUCUCUUCCGUCCUCGCCCGACCACAUGAGGAUGCAAGGAGACCAGCCGCUGGAGACUGAGGAGUCCUCCUCCAAAAAGGGAGGGGGUAAAAAGGGCCGCAAGGGCAAGAAGGACAAGUCCAAGAAGAAGAGGGAUCGCUCAUCUAAGAAGAAGGGGGGGAAGAACAAGAAGGACAGGAAGAAGAGAAAACAGGCCGAAGAGGAAGGGCUGGAGGCUGGAGAAGAUGGCUUCUUGAAGGCGUCUUCGAAGACGCCUGAUUAUCUUUCCCUGGAGUCACUUCCUGUUUCUGAGCAGUCCGCUGGAGCCACCACACAGGCCCCAGCUCCGCUGAUUCCAGAGAUGCCCACUCAUGAGCCUGAAGCAAAUGUGGAGGACCCCUACUCCGUGGUGCCAGCAGAACUGCCUGAGUCCAGGGUGGAGGAGGAGCGAACAGUGAAGAGGCCGGUGGUGGAGGAUCAGGUGGACGAUCUGUACCGUGACCUUUACGAUGACCUCUCAGUCUCCACGGUAACCGUCGGUCCCAACAUCACGGAAUAUGAGAUCUUCGAUUACGAGGACCUCAAGAACGACACCCAGGUGCUGGAGUAUGAAGAGUACGAGGUGUUUGACGACCGCUUCGGCCCUGCGGAGAGAGAAGGAGCACAGACCUGGGCUGGAGAGGGAAGCAUGUAUGAGAAAGGGGAGAAAGGAGAACAAGCAGUCAUGGAACCCGGUGCACUAGUGGAUGGACCUCCUGGACCCCCAGGGCCUGAGGGUCUUCCAGGCAUGGCGGGGCCAACCGGGCCCCCAGGACCCACAGGCGACCCAGGAGAGAGGGGUCCUGAAGGAAGACCGGGGCUCCCAGGUGCUGAUGGGAUACCAGGUCCUGCAGGCACCAUGAUGAUGAUGCCGUACCGGUUUGGGGGCGACUCCCAGAAGGGCCCAUCAGUGUCAGCCCAGGAGGCCCAGGCCCAGGCCAUUAUGGCGCAGACACAGUUGUCCAUGAAGGGGCCACCUGGGCCAUUGGGUCUGGCGGGACGUCAGGGGCCUGUGGGCCUGCCCGGAGCUGCGGGGCUGAAAGGAGAGCGAGGAAUGAACGGACCACCGGGUAUCCGUGGCUCCCCCGGUCCCCCUGGUAUGGCUGGGAAAGCAGGGAAAAGAGGCCGAUCGGGGGCAGAUGGGGCGCGAGGAACUCCUGGUGACACUGGGCCAAAGGGUGACAGGGGCUUUGAUGGACUGCCAGGUCUCCCAGGUGAUAAAGGCCACAGAGGAGACAGAGGAAAGCCGGGCCCACUGGGUCCUUAUGGACAUCAAGGAGAGAAGGGCCCAGACGGACCUGUGGGGCCUCGAGGACAACCAGGCGAAGCUGGACCCAGGGGCCUCGUCGGAUCCAGAGGGCCUGCAGGACCACCUGGCCAGCCGGGCAUCCAAGGUGUGGACGGCGUUCAGGGAUCCAAGGGCAAUCAGGGACCUGCAGGGGAGUCAGGACCCUCAGGUCAACAGGGAAACCCUGGAGUUCAGGGUUUCCCAGGGCCACAGGGUCCUAUCGGUGUGCCAGGAGAGAAGGGUCCGCAGGGGAAGCAGGGCAUGCAGGGCCUUCCGGGGAUUGAUGGGCCGCCGGGUCAUCCAGGAAGAGAAGGACCUGCAGGAGAGAAGGGACUCUUGGGCUUGCCUGGAGUGCCGGGACCAGUUGGAUAUCCAGGGGAACGUGGCGUCAAGGGAGCUGAUGGAAUCCGUGGCUUGCAAGGCAGCAAGGGAGAAAAGGGUGAAGAUGGCUUUCCCGGGGCGAAAGGUGACAUCGGCACCAUGGGAGACAGAGGUGAUAUCGGUGCCACAGGGCCUCGUGGUGAGGACGGGCCAGAGGGACUAAAAGGCCAGUCAGGGCCCCUGGGUGAAUCUGGACCCUCAGGCAUUGCUGGAGAGAAGGGCAAACUUGGUGUUCCUGGGUUGCCGGGGUAUCCAGGAAGACAGGGUUCUAAGGGAUCCGUCGGCUUCAAUGGCAUGGCGGGAGCGAUCGGCGAGAAGGGGAGACGGGGGCCUGCUGGACAGCCGGGCGGCGAGGGAGAACGCGGGCCUGAUGGAUCGAGAGGAGGUAGAGGAGCUAGAGGCCCAACAGGGAAGCCUGGAGACAAGGGCACUGCGGGACAUGACGGCUCAGCAGGGGAGACGGGUGAGAGGGGCCCUCCAGGACCUCAAGGAGCGAAUGGGGAGACGGGGCUCAGGGGACCAAAUGGCCCUCCUGGAAAAGAUGGACUCCCAGGGCACCCUGGACAGCGGGGAGAACCUGGAUUCCAAGGGAAGACGGGACCCGCCGGCCCCUCCGGAGUAGUUGGCCCGCAGGGCAAAGCUGGAGAGACGGGCGCCGCUGGAGAGAGAGGGCAUCCCGGAGCUCAAGGACCUCCCGGAGAACACGGCUUACCAGGAUCAGCUGGGAAGGAAGGAGCAAAGGGCGAUCCAGGAGCUGCUGGUUCUCCAGGGACGAGUGGACCUGCUGGAAAGAGAGGUUUUCGCGGGAGCCGUGGCAACCCUGGUGCUACGGGACCUGCCGGACUGAAAGGCAGUGAAGGACCUCCUGGGGUUGCAGGAGCUAUUGGAGCCACAGGGGAGAGGGGACCUGCGGGACCAGCAGGUCCAAUUGGCACGCCUGGUCGCCAAGGAGCCCUGGGCCCACCUGGACCAAUGGGAGAGAAGGGAGAGCCUGGCGAGAAAGGUCUGAUCGGGCCCGCUGGGAAGGACGGUGAGAUGGGUCCUGGGGGACUGCCCGGUGCCGCAGGACCUCCCGGCCCUCCAGGGGAGGACGGUGAUAAGGGGGAGAUCGGAGGACCUGGCCAGAAGGGCAGCAAGGGAGACAAAGGAGAGGGGGGACCUCCGGGACCUAUAGGAAUUCUAGGGCCGACUGGACCACCAGGAUUAGUGGGUGCUGACGGAGAGGCGGGGCCAAGGGGUCAACAGGGCAUGUACGGCCAGAAGGGAGACGAGGGCCUCCGAGGGUUCAAGGGCGGCAGCGGGCCCGACGGACUUCAGGGUUUGCCCGGACCUCCUGGUGAGAAAGGCGAGAGCGGCCACGUGGGAUCUUUGGGACCCCCUGGACUACCAGGACCUCAAGGACUUCAGGGAUCUAGCGGUUCAGAGGGGGCUGCUGGGAUGCCUGGAGGUGUGGGUCAACCUGGCGGCGUAGGGGAAAAGGGUGAAGAUGGAGAGUCAGGGAACCCAGGACUUACUGGAGACACCGGCCCUCCUGGUGAUAAGGGUGAGAUUGGGGAGAAGGGUGACUCAGGCAUGUCUGGUGCCGCCGGACCCCCUGGCAUCAGAGGUCAGCCGGGAGAGGACGGCCCCAAAGGAAACUCUGGUCCGUUGGGUUUCCCUGGAGACGCGGGCCCGCCUGGCGAGCCAGGUGUUAACGGCAUCGAUGGCGUACCCGGAGCGAAGGGGGAUAAUGGGGAGCAGGGGAAAGCGGGGCCUCCAGGAGCUUCGGGAGAGCCAGGGCCUUCAGGUCCUCCAGGAAGGAGGGGUCACGUUGGUCCAGCAGGAAAAGAAGGGAAACAAGGCAGGAAGGGAUCAAAGGGAGCUCCAGGUGGUGAGGGGGGUGUGGGUAAAACUGGACCCCAGGGGCCUCAGGGGCAUCCAGGCAACCCAGGACCUGAGGGGCUCCGGGGCAUCCCUGGACCUGCGGGUGAGCAUGGUGUGAAUGGACCUCCCGGCCAAACAGGACCUCCUGGACCAAUGGGCCCACCAGGACUAAUCGGCCUAAAGGGUGACUCUGGAGAGAAAGGUGACAAGGGUCAUGGUGGCUUGAUCGGCCUCAUUGGGCAGCCAGGAGGCUUUGGGGAGAAAGGAGACCGAGGAGAAUCAGGACUCCCGGGAGUGACUGGACCCAAAGGAGAUGAGGGUAAAGGUGGACCAGCAGGCCCUACCGGACCCCCCGGCGUCCCUGGACUCGCUGGCAUGGUAGGACAGAAGGGAAACAAAGGAGAUGACGGUAUGAUGGGACCCAGAGGAGACCCCGGCCGCGCUGGACCACCUGGACCCCCCGGCCCGCCUGCCACCAUCAUCCAGCCGCUGCCCAUCCAGGAAGGCAAGAGGAAGAAGCGCCGGCACUCGGAUCGCAAACGAGGAGGUGGAGGAGCUGCCGCAGUCGCCGCACCUGAAGAGGCCGAGCAGGAGGCGGGCGGAGAGGGAGGAGAGGUGGACCUGGGGGCCCUGAACAUGGAGGACUUCCUCCAGGCCGACAUGCCCCUGAAGGAGCCCGAGGGCAUGGAGGAGGUGUUCGCCUCGCUCAACUCCAUGAAGACGGAGAUCGAGCUGAUGCGGAGGCCGCUGGGCACCUACGAGAGCCCCGCGCGCACCUGCAAGGAGCUCAUGAUGUGCCACCCCGACCUGAAAGACGGGGAUUACUGGAUCGAUCCUAACCAGGGAUGUCACAAAGACUCCAUCAAGGUCUACUGCAACUUCACGGCGGACGGCGAGACCUGUCUGUUCCCUGACAAGAGGAUCGAAACGGUCAGGUUGGCACAGUGGAACAGAGAGAAGCCCGGUAGCUGGUUCAGCCAAUUCAAGCGAGGGAAACAGCUCUCCUACAUCGACGCGGAGGGGAACCCGGUCCCGGUGGUACAGCUGACCUUCUUGAAGCUCCUGAGCGCUACGGCCCGCCAGACCUUCACCUACACGUGCCAGAACUCCGCGGGCUGGUACGACGCCUCGGCGCGCUCACACAAGCAGGCGCUGCGCUUCCGAGGGAGUAACAACGAGGAGAUGACGCACGCCACAACUCCCUUCAUUCAGGCAAUUCACGACGGCUGCCAGAUGCGAAAGGGUCAAGAUAAGACGGAGCUGGAGAUCGACUCGCCGAGAUCGGAGCUCCUCCCCAUCAUUGACGUCUCUGCAUCUGAUUUCGGGGGAACCAAUCAGAAAUUUGGAUUUCACGUCGGACAUGUCUGUUACAAUGGCUGAUAACCCUCCCCCCUCCCCCCACAGCUCCAUUCGCUCCCACCCAAAAAAAAAGACUUAAGUCCAACAACCACUGCCACUCAAACAAUAUUUAUUAUGGUUUAUGUUUAUGUGGUGGGUUUUGCGGUACCAUUUCCAAUGACUUUUGACUGAUGAGUUGGGGAAGGCAUUCUCUGUUGGUCAACAUCAAAGAUAAUGACUUUCAAAUUGACUUUACCAUGGGAGAAACUCAACGCAUUUACCAAAGGGAAGUCUUCCUGUGAUGAUAUUUAAUUUUCUUAUUUUUUUCUUUCGUUUUGCCCUUUCCUCCUGCCUUUUUGGUAUUUUGCUAUGUAUGUACAUUUUGUUUACCGAUGUGGAGCUCUGUGUGAAAAUCCAUGUAUGUUAUCGGUGUUCAACACCUAGCCAAAACACUGACAAUGGCACUUCCCUGUCAUUGGUGGUAGACCACCAAAGUGACCACUACGGCAAUCUUGUGGUUGUCUGCAGAUGACUAUCAGUGCUAUACGUUCGUGAUAUGACUUUACAGGUAACUAUUAUGCCACUCUGUUAGUCAGGGACUGCCUUUAAAAAACGUGGCCUAAAACACAUACAGCUGUUCACGCAUAUUGCCUCGACUGCAACAAAGAUGCUAACAGACAGGUAAGUGCCUUAACGUUGGUUAGAAACAAAGAGAGAGUUUGCUUUGUUUCCAGAAUAUUCUUCUCCUGCUAACCUGGGGUGUAUUUCUCCAAAACGUAGUUGUUAGCAGUCCGCCACUUGGGUAGUUGUCAAUGGGAAAUUGCAUUGCAACCAACAAAGUAGCUAACAUAGUUAGCAACUACGCUUUUCAGAAAUGCACCCCUGCAGUGUUGUUGUUCAUCGCACUGUGGCUGUUUUCUUCAUGCAAACAAUGCCAAAAUGCCAGGCCCAAAUAAAUACGGAUGAUGGCUGUCUGAGAGGGCCAAGUUUGUUUACAGGGUGCGCUUUACGUGACGUGGAGGAAAUGUACCCUUAUGAAUACCAAUGCACAUUCCCUCUCCUUAUCAGAUAGGUGCUGUUUACAAAGCUCUCAGCCCUCAGCUGGGCCGGCCGACAUUGCAGUGGUGCUCACUCCUGGCAGUGGAUCGGAUGGGGAUGUGUAAUGUGUGCAUAUUAGCUGGGCGAGGCAAGGGUAAUAUUUUGCAUGAGAACAAGCAAAAGGUCAGAGUUUAGACAGUGGUGAGGAAUGAGGCGGAGCGGAGCGGAGUGCAGAGGAGUUUGUUUGUCGUCUGGAGUACUACACCCCAGUGCCUUCACAGCAACGCUGACCUAAUUUUAUCUGACUGCCGGGGGUAAAAAAAAAAGUGUUUGUUAGCUUGGAGUAGGAAAUAAUUCACACACACACACACACACACACACACACACACACACACACACACACACACACACACACACACACACACACACACACAUACACACAAAGGCGAAAAAAAAGUCAUCUCCCAGUUUUUUUAAAAGCCAUUUACUUUUGUUUUGUUUGAUUUGAUAGUUUUCUUUGAACGCCUUCCUCUUUGGUUUGUACCUUAUCGCAUUUUGUGUUGUAUUUGUUCAGUUGUAUUAUGCUCUGCUGUGGUGCUAAUGACUAUGUCUCUUGUCAUUUUGAUGUCUUAUUUUCUUUAUUUGUUUUUGUAGUUGUUUUGUUUUUGUUGUUUUGUUUAUUGUUGUUGUUGUUGAUGCUGAUGUCUCUGGAGGGGGCUGGGUGAGGAGGCAGGGGGAGGUGAACAGUUCCCCUGGUGACAGUUCCCCUGGUGACUGCAGGCGGGGGGGAAGGGAGGCUUGUUUCAGUGUUGAACUACUGUACACCCCUCUUGCUUCUAGUAUACUGCACAGACAAACACACACACACACACACACACACACACACACACACACACACACACACACACACACACACACACACACACACACACACACACACACACACACACACACACACACACACACACACAUAGAAAUACACACACUCACUCGAGCACAUACAGCAAUACACACACACACAUACACACACACACACACACACACACACACACACACACACACACACACACACACACACACACACAGAAAUACACACACACACUCGUGCAAAUAUAGCCAUACACACACACACACACACACACACACACACACACACGUGCACAAAAACAUACAGUUACACACGCGUGAGCACACACACACACACACACACACAUGCACACACACACCAGUGAACAUUCAGGGAACACUGACAAGAGUGCACAGUGCACUUCAGAUCCAAGGUAAUGUGGUGCUCCUUCAUGUCUUCGUCCGUAGGCAUGCCCUCUUGACAACUUACCUUGCCUCCUCCUCUUCUAUAUGUGCACUGCACUCAUUGCACUGUGGGUAGGAUCUCCAUUAGUAGUCUUGGUAAUCUGACAGCUUUAAAGCAACACUAUGUGACUUUUAGAGGUAUUGUUUCACAGCGAGUUGAUUUUGGUAUCAUCUCCAAAUUUAAGUUUCAGUAGGAUAUGCAGUAAUAUUAUGAAGUUGGUGAUUCCACUGGCUGGCAAGGAUUCGCACUAUGCAAUUCUGGGUGGAAGGUUUACGCAUACAAACAAAACAGCGAAAAUAAAAAAAAUCUAAAACUAUGCAAUAAAUGACUGUCAUAAAACACCAACGCGCAUCUUAGAUCAGCUGCACCAAUAAGACUUCUUGUUUUGUUGCUUUACUUUGACAGUCUGGCAAGUUCUGCACCUAAAUCUCACAGUGUUGCUUUAAGUGAUGGCUGAUUUAAUACUUCUGCCUCCCUCCCCACUCUGCCCCCCAUUGUAUAGUGCCUGUGGUAUAAAUAUAUAAAUAUAUGUUGUACAGUUAUUCUGAAGUAUGAAACCUAAUAAUAAUCUGAUGCCUGGUUGAAAAUCAAGUGCAUUUGUGAAGCUGUUGUGUUGUGUGACUCGCUUAAAAACAAAAAAUUCCCCAUUCGAAAUCAUGUGGCUUCUGCCGGC